AUGAUAUCAACUCCAAUAUCUUGUACAUCUGACUAUUAUUCAGGUAGUGAUUUCGAUUAUGAUGAUGAUGUAGUUAAAGCUGCUCCACAACAUCAUUGUUCAUUAAAUGAUACAAAUAUUAUUCUUCAAACACUUAUUCAAAAUCAAUAUCAACAAUCAUCAUCAAAUAUUUCUUCGACAAAUAAAAUUCAACAAUCAAUUCAAUUACUCAAGUUAGUACAAGAAUAUGAUUUAUCUAAUGAAAUCUUCAUUCGUGCUAAUGCUAUUCUUCAUAAAUUUCUUCUUUCAACAAAAUGUGUCAAUAAUAUCGAUGUGUCAAUUCUUAUUGCCUGUUUAUCUUUAUCAACAAAACUAAGUCAACAUUCUACUCAUUCAAGUAUACCACUUUUCAAUAGCGAUUCAUUAAUUUUGAAUGAAAAUAUGAUAUGCAAUGCACUUGAAUGGGAUAUUGAUAUGAUAACACCUAUUAAUUAUAUCGAAGCAAUGCUAUUACAUGUCACGGAUAGUUCAAUAAAAGCUCGUGUACGAGAAUUAACUUAUGAAUUAAUUGUAUUAUGUUUAACUGAUGUUCGUUGUAUAGAUUUAUCUAGUGAUUCAUUAGCAAUGAGUUGUUUAUUAAUGACGAGUGAAUUAUUAGAUUGUUGUGAAAUAAUUCCAAAACAAAUAUUUUUAUAUAUACAAGAUAAAAAUUCUUUAUUUGAGACAUCAUUGAUAUUUAUUCGUCAAAUUCUUGUAAAUAUUCUUCAGAAAUAA